GGGAGUGGCCCUGCUCGUCUUAUUCCCCAGCCAAAGUGGGGGACUGCCUGAAAAAGGACAUGAUGCCUUUGGGACCCAAGCUUUUGCUGUGCCUCAUUGCACUCUUCAUCCCCUCUGAUUGGAUUCUAUUAGGGGUCAAUGGUCAGCGAGGAGAUGAUACAACUCCAGAGACAUUUACAGAUGAUCCUAAUCUGGUGGUGAAUGAUCCCCCAACAGAUGACACAGUUCUUGUUGAUGUUGGGCCUUCCAUGGAUGAUCAGGCCAACUCCAGUGACAAAAAUGCCAGCACAGAAUGCCGGGAGGAGCAGUUUCCCUGUACACGUUUGUACUCAGUCCAUCGGCCAGUGAAACAGUGUAUCCAUCAGCUAUGCAUCGUCAAUGUCCGCCGGAUGUAUAUCAUCAAUAAUGAAAUCUGCACCAGGCUCAUCUGUAAAGAACAUGAGGUUAUGAAAGAUGAACUUUGCCGUCAGAUAGCAGGCCUUCCUCCAAGACGUCUCCAACGUUCCAACUAUUUCCGUCUCCCCCUAUGUGAGGAUGUGGAUAUGCAGAGGCCCAAUGGCCUGUGAAGAAUAGAAAAUGGUGGGGGGAGAGGGGAGGAGAAAGAGCCAUUUAUUUCCUAGGUCAGCUCACCCAGAGAUAGCAAGACAUCUUGGCCUGGUUUCUCUCCUCUUUCCCAUGGCCUCCAUCCCAGAUUGCCAGAGUUGCAUUCUUUCUUCAGCAUUUCAAGUGGUGUUUCCAAUCUGUAUCAUCACUGUAUAUUAGGGAUACCUAAUGACUAUAUAGCUGACCUGGGUUCCAGGAAGAUGGGGUGUCAAAUAGAUGACAGAUAUAGGGAGGGACUAUUCUUGGCUAAAGAAUUUUGUAUAACAUAUUGUUUUCAAAGAACCCUAUAAGCUUUGUUUCCUUUAUUAGCCUUCCUUCAUCUAUAAACCUCCUCUUACUCUUUUGAGUCCUCUUUUUGUCUAUAGUACUAGCCAAAGUCUUAGCAUUUGCCUAUUAAACCCUCUUUGUAGGGAGAAUGAUGGUGCUUUCUAACAUCUGGGGUUCUCAGAGAACUAUAGUUGCUCUGAGAAUAAAGGACAAAAAUUUAAGGACUUUUCUUAAGUUUGGGUAUAGGUCUGAGGAUCAACCAAAUAAGGGAUUAAGAUCUAGAAUUAGAUCUUAGAAAAUUCUAGAAAAAGCCAGGUAUCAUUUAUUGUCUCAUUCAUUGACUCAUUCAUUCAUUCAUUCAUGCAUUCAUUCAAGCAUUUAGUGAUUAUUUUAUUGACUUUUCACAUAACAUGGAAUCUCAUUAAUUCAAAGAACUUUAAUUAGAAUAGCUGAGCCAUUUCUAAUGAUCAGGAAGCAAGCUCUUUGCCUUUCUUGACCCAUUUUCAUGACUUGUGCUAAGUCUGUGAGGAGGUACAGAAGGAGUGUGGAUUUCCAGCUUGUGGGGAAGAUUUGGGAUAUUCAGCCUAUCCAAUCCUGCCAUUAGCCUGGAGAAAAACAAAACAUUAAUAUUAGAAUAGAAAAAAGUAGAAGUUAAUACAAUUCAGAAAAAUAGAACUGAAGUGAGAUAAUAGUGAGGUUCAUUCUAGUAAAGAAGGUAGAGAUUGAUGUGUUAUGAUGGAAAAAUAGUUUCCUAAACAAAAUCUUGGAAGAAUAUUUUGGUGACUUUAUACAAACCAAUGUUUCCCAAUUAUGACAGUGAUAAAUUCCACAUAGAAAAUACCAGGUACAUGCCCUGAGAAGAAUGCAAUUUUUAUUGUGUUAAGAUAGUUCAUUAUAAAAAGUGAGGAAAUGGGUCAUUGUAUCAUGCAAGGAGUAAGAUAUGGGCAAAGUUGGACAUAAUCUACAAAUUAAAUUCAUAACACCAGGCCAGAGGUGUGAGUUUUGAUUAGCAGCAGGCUUUUCUACUUCCUUUUUCUUCUCCAGUUCUCAAGAUUCAUAAAACUCCAAUUAUUCCAUAGAUGAGCAUUUGAAUUUGGACUUUGGAAAGGGAUGUUAGAGCUGAAUUUUGCUGGAUAGAUAUUAGAUUUCUUGGGACAGUCACUGUGGUAUAGGGAAAUGACCUGAACUAAAUAUCAGAAGACCUGUUUUCUAGUUUUGUCUCUCCAAAUACCUAGUUGUGAUCAUAGACACAUCACUAAUUCAUUUUUGUCCUUUGCAAAAUGAGGGAGUUAGAAGUUCCUCUGAUUCGUCAAUUCUAUGGAUUGAAAUUUUAGUAAUAAUCUCUCUUAAGGCCUAGACAUCAGGACCUGUUCUGGCUCACCCCCUUCUCUCUAAGUAGCUAUCUUCUCUUAUUUGGGAACUGUUUCACUCUAUAUUAGGACAAAUAGUCCACUAUAUAAAGAGCAGACUCCUGCCCCAUAAGGGCCAAGUUAUUUGUUAAAGGAAUUUUUUGGCUAAAGAGAUGGUUUCAUUGAUUUCUAAGGAAGAGAGCUAUCAUCCAGUAAGUUGUUGGAGACCACCAUUUAAAGACUGAGACACUUUCAUGUUGUGACAUGUGUCCAUUUAAGGGUUAAAUGCUUCAAUGCUGAGAAAUCUUAUUCCCUUAAAAAAAGCAGAAUGGGAAUCAGCAUGGCCAGCAAGGACAAUUUAAUGGGAUUUUGCACACCUAUUUUAGCUGGUGAGAUUCUAGAAAGAGCCUGAAGUUCUAUUUUUCCUUUGCUCAGUUCCAUGCAGCAUGUAGGGUUGAAUGUAGGCAUAUAUAUAUAUAUAGACAUACAUAUAAACUGUAUUCUUUAAACACUAUACAGGAACUUUAUGGGUACAAAGUUUCUGAGAGGCAUUUAAGAAUCCUUUCUAGUACUUGAACCUCUUAUUGUAUGGAGGACGAGAGGUGGCAUUUCCCUCGGAAAAGUGCCUCAAUCCUGGCAUUAUGUAUAAUGGAUAAGAAAAUUAUUAAAAGAAAACAUUUUUCUUUGUA